AUGGAUGAACUGUGGCUAGAUAGCAGUUUGUCUGAAAUGGAACUUAGGGUCUUUAAGCUCAACAUUACACAACAGAGUGAAAGCAGCCAAAAAAAGGUUGUUUAUAAGAAUAACGAUAUCCGUCUGGAGCUGUCUCGCUUGGCCAGGAUUGGUGACACCAAGAUGAAAAUAUAUGGCGAGGUGGUGUUCAAAUGUGAAAAUGUGGCCACACUGGACCCCAUCAACUUUGAGACCCCUGAGGCUUACAUCAGCCUUCCCAAGUGGAACACCAAGAGGAUGGGCUCAAUCUCCUUUGACUUCCGUACAACAGAACCCAAUGGCCUCAUUCUUUUCACUCAUGGCAAGCCCCAGGAGAGAAAGGAUUCCAGGAGCCAAAAGAACACCAAAGUAGACUUCUUUGCUGUUGAGCUGUUAGAUGGGAACCUCUACCUGCUCCUUGAUAUGGGUUCUGGCACAAUCAAAGUAAAAGCCACCCAGAAGAAAGCAAAUGAUGGAGAAUGGUACCAUGUGGACAUUCAACGAGAUGGCAGAUCAGGUACCAUAUCAGUGAACAGCAGGCGUACUCCAUUCACGGCCAGUGGAGAGAGUGAGAUCUUGGACUUGGAGGGGGAUAUGUACCUGGGUGGACUGCCAGAGAACCGUGCGGGGCUCAUCCUCCCUACAGAGCUCUGGACUGCUAUGCUAAACUAUGGCUACGUGGGCUGCAUUCGAGACCUGUUCAUCGACGGACGGAGCAAGAACAUCCGGCAGCUGGCAGAAGUGCAGAAUGCCGCAGGGGUCAAGUCUUCCUGCUCCAGGCUUAGCACAAAGCAAUGUGACAGCUACCCCUGCAAAAACAAUGCAGUUUGUAAGGAUGGCUGGAAUCGCUUCAUCUGUGACUGCACUGGCACCGGCUACUGGGGGAGAACAUGUGAGCGGGAUGUCUUCCAAGGAGCUGUAAACAGCUCCAAGAGGCCCCAGGGCCAUGAACAAAACAUUCUCUUCAGUGCUUAUGCACCUAACAUCUGUGGCAAAUUAGCUCGAUUGAGUUUUAGAAUCAUAGAAUAUUAG